UUUGACUUGUUCAUUAGAUUCAAGAUGCUUCUGCUAUUCGUAAUAUGUUUGAUGAGAGAGACAUUUGCUACAAAUACUACAUUCAAGACGUGCGAACGAGCGCCCCCCCACUCGCAGCCUGCUGAUUCACUAUACAAGUUAGGCGUUGCUGGCGAUCCAGAUUUGUUCCUACCAGGAGAACUUUAUACAGUGUCCCUACAAGGCGUAGAUAGUGGACAAGGCCCAACGCCUUUCGUAGGCUUUAUGAUAUGGGCCGAAGUUGUGGAUGAUUCGCAAAAUGAUAGUACAAACGGUACCAACGGUACUAGCGUAAAUAGUUUGGCGUUUGGGGCCUUUCAAGCUUUUGACGCGCAGACUAAAUCUUUUGAAGAAUGUAGCCCAGCGGUUGACAACGCAACGGCACAUCCAAAAACCGAAGUUCAAGUUAUAUGGAGCGCACCAUCUAUCGUAGCCGAGUCUUGCGUACGAUUGUGUGCUCGUGCUUCUCAUGCAGAACGAACGAAGACUUCCAUAUUAGCACGAAAGAUUUGUCCAGCCCCAACUGGAUCUGCUAGUCUCGGCCGUCAGCCACCAAUCCUUGAGCCUUGUUGUGCGUGUGAUGAGGCUAAAUAUGAAGUUACGUUUGAAGGUCUCUGGAGUCGUAACACUCAUCCACGUGAGUUUCCACCAGAGAGCGCGCGUGCACAUUUCGGUGAUGUCAUUGGUGCAUCUCAUACGGCACAGUAUAGAGUGUGGCAGGAAGGUAGAGUUGCUAGUACUGGUGUGCGACGCUUAGCUGACGAUGGUACUACUAUCGCACUUGAAAAGGAACUUAAGGCAGAAAGUGAUCACAUUCGUACGAUAAUUAAGGCUCGCGGUAUUUCAUGGCAACAAGUUGCAAGUGGUGGCAUUCCUACAACUUUCGCUGUGUUUAGAGUGGACGCUAAGCAUCAUCUUAUAUCCUUGGCUGCGAAAUUGGCACCGUCUCCUGACUGGAUUGUAGGCAUUUCUGCAUUAGAACUGUGUAAUCCUAACUGCACUUGGAGACGAUCCGCUACACUACCACUCUACCCAUACGACGCUGGAACUGACAAUGGAAUUAAUUACACGUCUCGUCGUAGUCCAACAAUCCCACCCACUCCAGUUAGAGCUAUUCGACCAGAUUGGCCCCGUGACCCACGAUCUCCUUUCUUCAGUACUACUGGCGAGAUGCGACCAUUCGCUCGACUCAGACUGACCAGGUUACGGCUUUACGAAAAAAGCUGUGAAGUUGCAGAAUCCGGUGACUUGCCAUCUACCGAUGGCGUAGUGAGUGGCCCAGGUGGUUCAUGCGCCACUCACUCGUGGGGCAUGUGGGGGCCCUGCAGUGUAACUUGUGGGUCAGGACGAGCGGCUCGCCAGCGACACUACAUGUAUCCUGCGCGUGCCAGGGUUGACGCAUGUCGUACUUCCCUCACAGACUAUCGCACUUGUCACGGACCGAGGUUGCAUUGCAGAGUCAAGUCAGAUUACGAGCCAGAAGCAGCGGAAACGACAGGUCCGUGUGCAAUGUCGGCGUGGUCAGAGUGGUCUCCGUGCGUGGGCUGUGGCGUGCGCGCACGUACCAGGCACUACCUGGUACCGCGUGCGCACAAGCACUGCCAUGUUGGCUUCCGCGCUCGUGCUGCCAUGAGCCAGGCCAUGCCGUGCGAGGCUGGACCUUGUUACAAACCUACUGGAGCUUUAGCUAAUGCUACAAACUACGAUUGGUUUUUCGUAGAUAAUCCGCGAUCUGAUUGUCCCAUAACGUCAUGGGGUGGAUGGUCACCGUGUUCGGCGCGUUGCGGGCGCGGACGUAGAAUACGCACACGUCUCUAUGUAUCUCGUGACUCGCGGGUGCAAAAACAGCUAACUAAAAAGCUAUUACAAGAUUGGAACGUACGAUUUGCCGAAUUGCAGAGCAUUGAGCUCCCGUUUGAGAAUAUAACAAGUGAUGAUCCAAAAGUAGAAGCACUAGUGCAGGAACACUUAGAUCGCUGCCAGUUCACAAUGACACAGCAAGAAGCGCUCUGCGAUGGCGACGACACUACCUGCGAGAAUGAGACUAUCUCAGAAGAUUUGUGCAAGUUGCCGGUGUCAGUGGGUCCUUGUCGGGGCUACGAAGAGCGCUGGUUCUAUGAAGCAUCUCGUGGUGUCUGCGAACCAUUUGGUUAUACGGGAUGUGGAGGAAACGCUAAUAAUUUUAAAACCAGAGAGAAUUGUCAACGGGCUUGUAUAAACCAAAACGAAACUACAGUAACAUCAUUACUUUUGGAAGCGAUUACGAAGAGAGUGAAAGCUACUCCGUCAACUGAAGACAAUGAAGUGAUGCAGAAUGAUUCUCCCGCUGACGUCAGCUGCGAGAUGGGUCCAUGGCUCGGUUGGAGCGAGUGUUUUGGCGAUUGCGAGUUCUCCGUCAAAUUGAACUACCGUCACAUUCUGCGACCCGCUUCCGGAUCAGGUAAGUCUUGUCAUAAAUUGGUGAAAAGUCGCGUUUGUAAACCCUUGCACUGCAAAAGACUUGUCCUAGUGUAUACUAACUCUUCCGACAUUUUCCACGUUGAUGAGCAUGACGAUAAAUAGUUCAUUUCUACUCAGAAAUAUGUAUGUCGGUCUGGCGGACUUUUAGAAAUAUGUAAUAUUGAUAUAAUAUGUGAUAAUUAAUGGUACACUAGAUAUUUUACUGCAAAAUAGCAGUACCUAGUAGUGUUGUGCUCCGGUUUGAAGGGUGAGUGAGCCAUUGUAACUACAAGCACGAGACAUCUUAGUUCCCAAGCUUGGUGGCGUAUUGGCGAUGUAAUGGGUGGACGGUUAAUAUUUCUUACAAUGCCAAUGUCUAAGGGCGGUGGUAACCACUUACCAUCAGGUGGCCAUUUUGUCCGUCAGUCUACCUAUUCAAUAAUAAAAAUUAAUAGUAAUGUAUAAUAUUUAAUG